UUUUAGUAAAACAGCAUUUUGAGAUCCAAAAUACACAAUUAUUAUUUAAAAAUGCCAAAAACUCAAAACCUUUCAAAGGUGUUUAGAAAUGUGACGCCAUUUUAUGAAAGAGCAAUAAAAAGAAAUAUUUUGAAUAAAUUUGUUCAGAUGUGCUGUGCAGGACACCCAGUAGAUCGGAAUGCGCGGGAAAGAGAACAAAGACAGUCUUUAGCUAGGAGGAGGAGAGUGGGGUGAAGGAGAGCUGGGGGUUGUCCGCCAAGCGAGCCGUUGUUCAUCGUCCAAUGACCGUUUGACAGCACUGUGAAGGCGGAGCCUGAUCUAUUGGAAUAUCGCAGUGUAAAUAAGCCGGUGCCGGGCGCUUCUCCUCAUUCUUCAGUCUCACUCGAAGAGGAGAGUCAUGCCUGAACCUGCCAAGUCCGCCCCGAAGAAGGGAUCUAAGAAAGCCGUGACCAAGACGGCCGGCAAGGGAGGAAAGAAGCGCAGAAAGUCCAGGAAGGAGAGCUACGCCAUCUACGUAUACAAAGUGCUGAAGCAGGUCCACCCCGACACCGGCAUUUCGUCCAAGGCGAUGGGUAUCAUGAACUCGUUCGUCAACGACAUCUUCGAGCGCAUCGCCGGUGAGUCGUCCCGUCUGGCUCAUUACAACAAACGCUCCACCAUCACGUCCAGGGAGAUCCAGACCGCCGUGCGCCUGCUUCUUCCCGGCGAGCUGGCCAAGCACGCCGUGUCCGAGGGCACCAAGGCCGUCACCAAGUACACCAGCUCCAAGUAAGAAGUGACCCGGACUUCAUCAAACCCAACGGCUCUUUUAAGAGCCACCCACGGUUUCGCUUUAAGAGCUUUUCUCUGUUUCUGAGAAUGAAAGCGGGGAUGUGUCUGAUGAAACUUAGUUUGCGUUUUCCUGCGCAGCUUCUUUACACGUAGUUUCUCUGUUUGGGUAAUGGGUGUUGGUGAAAUGGCGCUCUCUGCCUCAUAUAUACAAUAAUAAAUGUAACACGCGUCAUUCGGGUUUUUGUAGUUUAAAAUAAUGGUAUAUUUGAAUGUAGUAACACGGUUUAAAUGUGCGGCCUGGUGAGCUCCUUUUUUGCUUUCACACUGUGUGAGAGAGAGAGAUGAACUCAAACUGCAUUAAUAAAAUAAAGGCUACACUAAGUUUGAUUUUAUUUUUUGUGCUGUCACAAAAUCAAUAAUACAAUAUAGUAAAACCUG